UGUGAAUCAGCUGAUCAGGAACGCACGCUUACUAACUAAUCAUAGUAAAUGUGACGAUAUGUUGAUCUUAGCUAGCUGCUGACUGUUUGCUGAAAUAGGUUUUGCAAUGGUUGCGUGAAGCGGAACAUCACGAGAUUGUCAACAAUGGAGCUAUUCGCUUGAGGGACCUAUAUUUCUCUGGCAUCUCUCAGCAUUUGAUGUAGCUGUCCCUUGUUUGCUAAGGCACUGUUAGUCUUACACCGGUUGAAGGUUGAGAGUGGUUUAGUGCCAUCCAUGGAUCCUCUGGGAGCUCGGUCUCAGGUUGUGGACAUCCAGAGCCUGUCCACCUGGGACCAGCCUGCUGAGGUGAAGGAGGCACAAGAGGUGGAGUCUGAGUCGGACACCGAAACGAAGGACGAUAGCUUUACCAAUCAGCAGUGGCCCUUUCCUUCGCCUUUCCCCUGCCGGGACGACAUCAAUAGGAAGAUUGCACUUUUCACUGGGGAUGUGGCGGUCCUGAACUGCACGGCCAUCAUUAACACUACCAAUGAGACACUAAUGGACAAGAACCCUAUCUCCGAGAGCAUCCACAGGCACGCAGGGCCAGACCUCAGGGACGAGCUGCUCAAAUUGAAAGCAUGCCGGACAGGUGAGGCAAAGAUGACUGAAGGUUUUAACCUGGCCUCCCGCUUCAUCAUACACACGGUGGGACCCAAGUAUAAGGCCAAGUACCGCACGGCUGCCGAGAGCUCACUGUACAGCUGCUACAGGAACAUCAUGCAGCUCGCAAAGGAGCAGGCCAUGGCAUCUGUGGGUCUGUGUGUGGUUAGCACGGUGAAGAGGGGUUACCCGCUGGAGGACGCCACACACAUAGCACUCAGAACGGUACGGAGGUUUCUGGAGCUCCACGGUCAAAGCAUAGAGACGGUGGUGUUUGCAGUGUCGGACAUUGAAGAGCCUGUUUACAGGAAGCUGCUGCCCCUGUACUACCCCCGCUCGGUGGCAGAGGAGCGCUCCAGCCUUCCCCUCCUCCCCGCAGACAUCGGAAACUCUGAGGGGGAGCCGGUGGUGCCCGAAAGACAGAUCCGCAUCGCCGAGAAACCUGGAAGCCUGGAGGAUAACUCUGAGGACGACAGCCUGGAGCUGGACUUGGGGGUGGUGGGGACGCAUGCGUUUGCGCGGAUGGAGGGGGACGUGGACAAACAGCGCAAACUCAUCCUACAGGGCCAGAUGUCUGAUGCCACUGUACAGAAACAGCACCAGAGAAAUUAUAACCGCUGGUUGUGCAGGGCGCGAGCGGAGGACCUCUCAGACAUAGCAGCACUUAAAGCCUUAUACCAGACAGGUGUUGAUAAGUGUGGCAGGACCGUGAUGGUGAUUGUGGGACGGAACAUCCCAGUGACCAUGAUUGACAUAGAGAAGGCCCUGUUAUAUUUCAUCCACGUGCUGGACCACAUCACGGUGAAGGAGUACGUGAUGGUGUACUUCCACACUCUGACUGGUGAGCACAACCACAUGGACUCCGACUUCCUGAAGAAGCUCUACGACAUCGUAGACACCAAAUUCAAGAAGAACCUGAAGGCCUUUUACUUUGUCCACCCCACCUUCCGCUCCAAGGUGUCCACCUGGUUCUUCACGACCUUCAGUGUGUCAGGCAUGAAGGACAAGGUCCACCACAUCGACACGCUGCAGCAGCUCUUCACCUGCAUUCUGCCUGAGCAGAUUGACAUCCCGCCAUUCGUCCUGGAGUACGACGCCAGGGCGAACGGACCUUACCACACCAAUCACCCCUCUGGUCUAUGAAGCCCCUUGACCCUCACCCCAGUGUCGAGGACCCCACUGGAUGCCACAGUGGACGCCUCAAUGGACGCCUCAAUGUUCUCAGCCUACCUGAGCCAGCCAGGACCUAAAGACUCCUAAUAUCCUCUCCUGUUGACCACGACACACACCAGCGUGGCCUACGGAGGACACCAGUGGUCCUGGUUUCCAUUGAAUUGUUGUUGUUGUUAUUGAUGUCUUUUAUUGAGAAGAGCCCUUUGAGGAGGAUAUGGACUGAGGCCAAUCAGCUGGAUCUCCGCAGGGGGUUAGGGGGGGGGGGGGGGGUGUGUCACUGCUGUGGGCUGGUGGUCAUGAGGAAUAAGCACCACUGGUCUAUCUUAAACCCUCAGAGUCUGUCCAGAUGGAGGUCAUGGACAUUGUGUGUGUGUGUGUGUGUGUGUGU